GCGCUUGUGAAUAAGUGUAUGCAUGUGUGUGAGAGAGAGCUUCACACGCGGUCAGUUUGCGGAAGUGGAGGUAUCGGGAGCAGAUUACAGGCAGAGAGUGUGCCACCCCUGACAUUCCUGCACACUUCCGCGUUGCUGCAGCGCUGUCGUUCUGUAUGUGUGUGUGUGUGUGUAUGUGUGUGUGUGUGUGUGUCUGUGUGCGUGUGUGUGUGUGUGUGUGUGUGUGUGUGUGCGCGGGGUGUGAGAGAGGGAGGGAGAGUGAGUGACUCUUCACCCUGAGUCGGCCGCCUCUCUCCGGGAGUGUGUGGAGAGCCGCGGGACGGGAAAGGCCGGUUACUUGCAGCCACUUCUCACCUCCCCGGAGUCUGUGAGCCCCCUCCUGCCCGGACUGCACCCUAUACCAUGAGAAGAUGGAGAAGAUGUCCAGCUUCCUCCACAUCGGGGACAUCGUGUCUCUUUACGCCGAGGGAACUGUCAAUGGCUUCAUCAGCACGCUGGGGUUAGUGGAUGAUAGAUGUGUGGUGCAGCCAGAAGCCGGAGACCUGACCAAUCCGCCAAAGAAAUUCCGAGACUGCCUUUUCAAGAUAUGCCCUAUGAACCGUUAUUCAGCGCAGAAACAGUUCUGGAAAGCGAAACAGUCAAAGCAAGGGAACACCGAAGCUGCGUUGCUGAAGAAGUUGCAGCAAGCAGCCGAGCUGGAACAGAAGCAGAAUGAGAUAGAGAAGAAGAAACUGCUGGGAGAGGUUGUGAAGUACAGCAACGUCAUUCAGUUGCUGCACAUUAAGAGUAACAAGUACCUCACUGUCAACAAAAGACUGCCAGCGCUCCUGGAAAAGAAUGCAAUGAGGGUGUCCUUAGACCACGCGGGAAACGAAGGCUCCUGGUUCUACAUUCAGCCCUUCUGGAAGCUGAGGAGUGAAGGUGACAAUGUGGUUGUGGGAGAUAAAGUGGUGUUGAACCCUGUCAAUGCCGGACAGCCGCUGCACGCGAGCUGUCACGAGUUGCUGGACAACCCAGGCUGUAAAGAGGUGAACGCUGUGAACUGCAACACAAGCUGGAAGAUUGCGCUCUUCAUGAAGCAUAGUGAUUACCGGGAAGAUGUCCUUAAAGGGGGAGACGUGGUAAGGCUCUUCCACGCUGAGCAGGAGAAGUUCCUCACCUGCGAUGAGUACAAGAAGCAGCAGCACAUCUUCCUGAGGACCACCCUGCGCCAGUCCGCCACCUCGGCUACAAGCUCCAAGGCACUCUGGGAAAUUGAGGUGGUGCAUCAUGACCCUUGUCGAGGGGGCGCGGGUCACUGGAACAGCCUUUUCCGAUUCAAGCAUCUGGCGACAGGAAACUACCUGGCUGCAGAGAUUAAUCCAGAUUACCGAAAUGACCAGUUGGAAUCAAAGGGAAUGAGCGAGGGGGACAUGUUACCGAUUAAAAACAAGCGUCAGAUGGUGGAGAAGAUCAUUUACACCCUGGUGUCGGUGCCCCAUGGAAACGAUAUCGCAUCCCUUUUUGAGCUUGACACCACCACUCUUCAGAGAGCUGACUCACUGGUGCCCAGGAACUCAUACGUGAGAUUAAGGCAUCUCUGCACCAACACGUGGGUGACCAGCACCAACAUCCCCAUCGAUGUUGAAGAGGAACGGCCAGUGAUGCUGAAGAUUGGAACCUGUCCGACCAAGGAAGACAAGGAGGCAUUUGCCAUUGUCUCUGUGCCACUCUCGGAAGUCCGGGACUUGGAUUUUGCCAACGAUGCCAGUAAAGUUCUUUUAGCAAUUGUCCAGAGGUUAGAGAGUGGUGCCAUCACUCAGAAUGAAAGAAGGUUUGUGACAAAACUCCUGGAAGACCUGGUUUUCUUUGUUGCGGAUGUGGCCAGUAAUGGCCAGGAAGUCCUGGAUGUGGUUAUCACAAAACCAAACAGGGAGAGGCAGAAGUUAAUGAGAGAGCAAAAUAUCUUGAAGCAGAUCUUCGGAAUAUUGAAGGUUCCAUUCGUGGAUAAAGGAGAAGGGCCAAUGCUGAGACUGGAAGACCUGGGGGACCAGAGAUAUGCUCCGUACCGAUACAUCCUGCGUCUCUGUUACCGCGUUCUUCGGCACUCACAGCAGGACUACAGGAAGAACCAGGAAUACAUUGCUAAGAUGUUUGGCAUUAUGCAGUCCCAAAUUGGAUACGAUGUGCUGGCGGAAGACACAAUCACUGCCCUGCUCCACAACAACAGGAAACUGCUGGAGAAGCAUAUCACUGCCAAGGAAAUUGAGACGUUCGUCAAUUUGCUGCGAAGGAACAGGGAGCCAAGGUUUCUGGAUUACUUGUCAGACCUCUGUGUUUCCAACAAUAUUGCCAUCCCUGUCACCCAAGAGCUCAUUUGCAAAUUUAUGUUGAACUCAUCCAACGCUGACAUUCUCAUUCAAACAAAGCUGCUGUCGAAUCGUGGGGAUUUCAGCAUUGAGAGCUCUCUGCUUGAGGAGGAUGGUGAAGACGAUGAGGUCUGGUUGUACUGGAUAGACGGAGACAGGGAACCUCACGGCAAGUCUAUCCGUCAGCUUGCUCAGGAAGCAAAGGAGGGCAACAAAGAAGAAAAUGACAUUUUAACCUACUACAGGUACCAGUUGAACCUUUUCGCCAGAAUGUGCCUCGACCGUCAGUACCUGGCUAUUGACCAGAUCUCGACUCAGCUGGGGGUGGACCUCAUCCUGCGCUGCAUGUCGGACGAGGAGCUGCCCUACGACCUGCGUGCGUCCUUCUGCCGACUGAUGCUGCACAUGCAUGUGGACCGGGACCCUCAGGAGUCCGUCACCCCCGUGAAGUACGCCCGGCUGUGGGCAGAAAUCCCCACCAAAAUCACCAUUCACGAGUACGACUCAGUCACAGACAUGUCCCGUGAUGACAAAAAGAACAAGUUUGCUCUCACGAUGGACUUUGUGGAGGAGUACCUGAAGGACGUGGUAACCCAGCCAUUUCCUUUUGGAGACAAGGAAAAAAUCAAGCUCACGUUCGAGGUGGUGAAUUUGGCUCGGAACUUAAUAUACUUUGGGUUCUACAGCUUUAGUGAGCUUCUGAGGCUAACAAGAACAUUGCUGGCCAUUCUAGACUGUGUUCAGAAUUCCACAGCCUCGUACUUGGAAAGAUUAAGCAAGUUUCAAGAUGGGGGGAACAACGUGAUCAGGACAAUCCACGGUGUGGGAGAGAUGAUGACACAGAUGGUCCUGAGCCGUGGGUCUCUCUUACCUGGAAUUCUGGGAGAGGGGCACGACACCCACACCAGGAGUGGGCAGGCGAAACAAGUGCAAACCUCCGAAAAUGAGGACGUGACCGUUAUGGACACAAAGUUGAAAAUAAUCGAGAUAUUGCAGUUCAUUCUUAGUGUCAGACUGGACUACCGCAUCUCCUACAUGCUGUCCAUCUACAAGAAGGAAUUUGGAGAGAGUACUUCUUCUGACUCCUUGACAAGCCCACCAACAGAGACCACAGUGCCAGACCUGGAGGCGAUCGGAGAGCAGGCAGAGACAAUGUUUGCAGGAAGUCAGGAGAGGAACUCGGUGGAGCUGGAUGAUGAAGGGGGGCGGACAUUCUUGCGAGUCCUCGUCCACCUGAUCAUGCACGACUAUCCCCCUCUCGUGUCCGGCGCCCUACAAUUGCUCUUCAAGCAUUUUAGCCAAAGAGCAGAGCUCCUCCAGGCUUUCAAGCAGGUCCAGUUACUUGUCUCUUCCCAGGAUGUGGAUAACUACAAGCAGAUCAAAGCUGACUUGGACUUGCUACGCCUAACAGUGGAAAAAUCCGAGUUAUGGGUGGAAAAGAAAGGGAAUUAUAGCGGCAGUGAGAACCAGGCUGAAGGAGCAGAUGAUGUGAAGGCCGAGGAUCCGGGAAUUCUGAGUCCUGUACAAGACGGCAUCAAAAAGCCACAAAUAGACAGCAACAGCAGCAAUAACUACAAGAUUGUGAAGGAGAUCCUGCUGCGUCUCAGUAAGCUGUGUGUACAGAGUGCGCGGAGGAGCCGCAGUCAGCAGCAACGCCUCCUGAAGAACAUGGGAGCUCACACCGCCGUGCUGGACCUCCUUCAGAUCCCGUACGAGAAGACAGAUGCCAAGAUGAACGAAAUCAUGAAUCUGGCCCAUGGAUUUGUGCAGAAUUUCUGUGCAGGAAAUCCACAGAACCAGGCCCUCCUCCAUAAACACCUCAACUUGUUCCUCACUCCUGGUCUCCUGGAAGCAGAAACAAUGCGGCACAUUUUUCUGAACAACUACCACCUGUGCAACGAGAUCAAUGAGAGGGUCAUCCAGCACUUUGUACACUGCAUCGAGACACACGGCCGGCAUGUGCUGUACCUGAAGUUCCUGCAGACCAUCGUAAAAGCCGAUGGGAAAUACGUGAAGAAGUGCCAGGAUAUGGUGAUGACCGAGCUGGCCAAUGGAGGAGAAGACGUGCUGGUCUUCUACAACGACAGGGCUUCCUUUCCUCUCCUGUUGCAAAUGAUGUCAUCGGAACAGGAGCGUUGCGAUGAAAAUGGAGCGCUGAAUUACCACGUUACUCUGGUUGAGCUACUGGCUACUUGCACGGAGGGGAAGAAUGUGUACACUGAGAUCAAGUGCAACUCCCUGCUGCCUCUGGAUGACAUCGUGAGAGUGGUGACCCAUGAUGACUGCAUACCUGAGGUGAAGACAGCAUACGUUAACUUUGUGAACCAUUGCUAUGUGGACACAGAGGUGGAGAUGAAAGAGAUUUACACAAGUAACCACAUUUGGAAGCUGUUUGAAAAUUUUAUUGUUGAUAUGAAUCGGGUUUGCAACUCCACAACGGACAGGAGGCAUGCAGAUACUGCGCUGGAGAAGUAUGUGACAGAGGCGGUGAUGAACAUAGUCAGCGGGUUCUUCAGCUCCCCGUUCUCUGACAAUAGCACAAGUCUACAGACACACCAGCCAAUAUUUAUCCAACUGCUCCAGUCUGCCUUUAGAAUUUACAACUGCUCCUGGCCAACUCCAUCUCAGAAGUCUUCAGUGGAGUCUUGCAUCAAAACUCUGGCUGAAGUUGCCAAGAGCCGAGCUAUAGCAAUCCCUGUAGAUCUGGACAGUCAAGUGAACGCCCUGUUUUUGAAGACCCACACCAACAUGGUCCAGAGAGCAGUGAUAGGCUGGCGAAUGUCCACUCGUAGUGCACCCCGUUACAAGGACCUGAGUGGGGGGCCCUGCUUGGACUACAGGAGCAUCAUAGAGAAGUUGCAGGAUAUAGUGUCCACACUGGAACAACAGUUCCAGCUCAUGGUGCAUGCCGAAUUUUCAGUGCUGGUCGAUGUUCUCCACAGUCCAGAGCUGCUUUUUCCGGAAGGAAGUGACGCGCAGAUACGAUGUGAAAGUGGGGCCUUCAUGAGCAAAUUAAUUAAUCAUUCUAAGAAGCUGAUGGAUAAAGAAGAGAAACUCUGCAUUAAAAUUCUUCAAACACUGAGAGAAAUGCUGAAUAGGAAGGACAAUUUUGGGGAAAAGGGCACCGUUUUGAGGAAGAUUCUUCUGCUCCGUUACUUUGGGAACCACCGUAGCAUCUACAGAGGGGACGGACACGGCAGUGGUGUUAAUGCUCCACUGACCGCUGGGAGCUUCUCCAAGGCGGGACAAGUCGGAGGCAGCUCCUCAUCGGAUUCAGACAAGGGUGGGAUUUCUGUCUACGACAUUCAGUGCCACCUGGACAGUGAAGGGGCGUCUGAGCUGGUCACUGACCUCAUCACAAACACAAAGAACAGCAGGAUCUUUGAAGAAAGUAUUAUGCUUGGCAUUGCCUUGUUAGAGGGAGGAAACACCCAGACCCAGAACUCAUUUCACCAUCAGCUGAACGAGCUGAAGAAAUCUGAGAAAUUCUUCAAGGUGUUCUACGAUCGAAUGCAGGUGGCCCAGCAAGAGAUAAAGGCCACAGUAUCAGUCAACACUAAUGACCUGAGCAGUAAGAAGAAGGACGAUGACUCAGACGUGGCAGCACCCAUCAACAGGAAAAGAGCACGGGACUCAACAGUUCACCUGAAGGAUGGAGUGAAAGGACAGUUGGUGGAGGCUUCCGCUGCCACGUGUAAAGCCUACUACAUGUAUAGGAGAGAGAUGGACCCCGAGGGUGACCUCGUCCCCAUGGGAAAUGACUGCCUUGGACUGGAGGAGAAAUCUGGAGAUGAGGAGGUUAUGAGCCCUCUAAUCACUAUAAUGGAGCCAAUCCUAAGGUUCCUUCAGCUGCUAUGUGAGAAUCACAACCUCGAGCUGCAGAACUUCCUUCGGCACCAAAACAACAAAACGAAUUACAACCUGGUGUGUGAGACACUUCAGUUUAUGGAUUGUAUCUGUGGCAGCACCACUGGUGGUCUUGGACUGUUGGGACUCUACAUCAACAAAAAGAACGUCUCCCUCAUUAACCAAACACUGGAAACAUUGACUGAAUAUUGCCAGGGGCCUUGUCACGAGAAUCAGACCUGCAUUACCACCCAUGAAUGCAAUGGAAUUGACAUCAUUAUUGCAUUGAUCCUCAAUGACAUUAACCCUCUUGGAAAGUACCACAUUGACCUGGUCUUGAAACUAAAGAACAAUGCUUCUAAACUUUUACUCUCGAUAAUGGAAAGCAGACAUGACAGUGAGAAUGCAGAACGAAUUCUGUACAACAUGCGCCCAAAGGAACUGGUUGAUGUGAUAAAGAAUGCCUACAGUCAAGGUGUGGAGGUUAACGAUGAUGACACGUCAGACGAUUAUAUCUCUCCAAAGGAUGUUGGUCAUAAUAUUUAUAUCUUGGCUCACCAGCUAUCACAGCAUAACAAGCUACUACAACAGAAGCUUAAACCUGGGUCGGAUCCACAAGACGAGGGUAGUGAAGCUUUAACAUAUUACGCCAGUCGCACUGCACAGAUUGAGAUUGUGCGCCACGACCGAACCAUGGAGCAAAUUGUCUUCCCCGUGCCGAGCAUUUGUGGGUAUCUCACGCACGAGUCAAAAUGGAAGGUGUUCAACACCACUGAGAGGGACGAGCAGGGCAGCAAAGUGAACGAUUUCUUCCAGCAUGCUGAGGAUCUCUACAAUGAGAUGAUUUGGCAAAAGAAGAUCAAAAAUAAUCCAGGCUUGUUUUGGUUCUCGAAAAACAUGUCGCUAUGGGGAAAUAUUUCAUUUAAUUUUGCAGUAUUUAUCAACUUGGCUGUCGCACUUUUCUAUCCAUUUGGAGAUGACGGUGAUGAGGGUACCAUCUCACCCCUGUUUUCGCUGCUGCUCUGGGUAGUGGUCAUAGUUUGCACUGUCUUGCUUAUCCUCAUUCCAAAACCUCAUGGAAUAAGACUAUUUACUGUGUCAGUAAUGUUCCGGUUUAUAUACACAAUCGGGCUGGCACCAACACUGAUACUCUUGGGUGCUCUCAACCUGUGCAAUAAAAUCGUGUUCUUGGUCAGUUUUGUUGGGAAUCGUGGAACGUUCACCCGUGGUUAUAAAGCAGUGGUCAUGGAUGUAGAGUUUUUAUACCACGUGCUCUAUGUUGUUGUCUGCAUGUUGGGUCUCUUUGUUCAUGAGUUUUUCUACAGUUUCCUGCUGUUUGACUUGAUCCACAGGCAAGAAACAUUGCUUAAUGUCAUACAAAGUGUCACACGCAAUGGUCGAUCCAUCAUCCUGACAGCGGCUCUGGCUCUCAUCCUUGUCUACCUCUUCUCCAUUGUGGGAUUCCUCUUUCUGCAAGAUGACUUCAUCAUGGAGGUUGACCGACUGAUGAAGAACAAGACCUCUCUGUCAGAUCAAGGAAACAGAUACAGCUCAUCUUGGAACAGCAAGGAGCAAGUGUGUCGGGAGAACUGUUCUCUUCUGUCUGUUGCGCCUACAGAGGACCAAGAUGACACCAUGCUAGAACAAAGCUGUGACACGCUGCUAAGGUGCAUCGUUACAGUAUUAAACCAGGGGUUGCGGAAUGGAGGUGGCGUGGGUGACGUGUUGAGGAAGCCUUCAAAGAACGAACCUUUGUUUUUUGCACGUGUCGUCUAUGAUCUCCUGUUCUUCUUCAUUGUCAUCAUCAUCGUCCUGAACCUGAUCUUCGGGGUCAUCAUUGACACAUUCGCCGAUCUGAGAAGUGAGAAACAGAAGAAGGAGGAGAUCCUGAAAACAACUUGCUUUAUCUGUGGGCUCGAAAGAGACAAGUUUGACAACAAGACGGUGUCCUUUGAAGAGCACAUCAAGUUUGAACAUAAUAUGUGGCACUAUUUAUACUUCAUUGUCUUAAUCAAGGUCAAGGACCCAACUGAAUACACAGGACCAGAAAGUUACGUCGCACAGAUGAUAAAGGAGAAGAACUUGGACUGGUUCCCUCGGAUGCGUGCCAUAUCUUUGGUCAGUAAUGAAAGUGAUAGUGAGCAGAAUGAAAUCAGAUGUUUGCAAGAUAAAUUAGAAUCAACCAUGUUUCUAGUGGAACAACUGUCAAAUCAACUUUCAGAACUGAAAGAACAGAUGACGGAGCAAAGGAAGAACAAACAGCGUCUGGGAUUUCUCGGAUCCAACACACCUCACGUGAACCAUCAUGAGACAGCUCACUGAAGACUUUCUGAAUUCAGGACCUAUUUAAACAGGAUUGUAAUGAUUUUUGACAUCAUAUUUGGAAUCAAAUGCCUUAAUAACUGGAUGAAAGCCAUUGAGACGGACUCACAAAUGGCCAGAGACCUGCUCUCAUAUCCACCCUAGGGGUGUCCAUUAUACAGCCACUCUGUAACUCAGCCUGCAUUCUAUAAUCUUCAUGCAAUGUGUGUCCACAAUGAACACAUCGGUGACUGAUGGCUGACUACAAGACAGUGACUGAUUAUUUUUAACUUGAUUCAUUCACUUAGGGGGUGGUGGUGUAAGUAUUAGAUUUCCAAUCCCCGAGAACGUGGUGGGAAUGGACAUCCUCUUGCUUCAGCCGCUGCAGUCAAAGUACACGUUGAAGCUCGGGUGGUGCCUCUCAUCUUUGUGGGCAGGCGGUGUCACGGAUGUGAGAGGGGCCACUAAUUUGCCGGAGUGUACCCCUUAGAUUGUAUAUCCUGCAAGUGUCCCCACAACUCCAGGCUAUGUUGAGAGUUGUCCAUUGAGGAUUGUUCCUGCUUCAGCCUUCAGUCCAGCGGAGAGUGGUGCUUAUGCCCUUUACUUCAACUUGGAGAUGAUACAGCCACAGAAACCCCAACUCCUGAUCUCCAUUGUAGCCCCAGUAUGUGAUUGCCCUAAUUAGUGGUAAACACCAGUAAUAAUUAGAUAGAGUCAUAGAGCACUACAGCACAGAAACAGGCUCUUCGGCCCAUCCUGUCCAUGCUGAUAUUCUCUUGUUGGAGAUGGUUACGGUCUAUUCCCAUGUGGCGCAGAGCUUCUUGUCUGGUGUGGUUUGAAGGUCGCCAAAGACUUCUGACCCAGACUCAGGUCUUGUGCACUCAUCCAUGGCUUGCCCCAUUCCUGCAGUUUUUCCACCCACCAGCCGAAAAUGGGAGAUCAAGGUCCAGCAGGGAUGUCCAAGGGCUGCAAUGACUGGCCUUUACUUCCAUUACACUGGGUCCAACAAUACCAUAAUGGCUCCACCUUGAUCCACUUGGUCAUAUGCUGCUUUGAUGUCAAGGCUGGUCAUUCACACCUCACCACUGGAAUUUGCUUCAUCUGCCCAAUUCUGUAAUGUAGUCUUUGAGCGGAGGCCCACUUCUGAAACCCAGCUGAGCAUCAGAGAGUCAUUAGCCGAUAGGUCUGGUUCAGCAGCACUUCCCAUUACUUUACUGAUGAGUGGUUAUUGGCCAGGUUAGGUUUACCCAACUCUACAUCGAUAUACAUUGGUGGUUUUAUCUGUUGUUGGGUAGGUGAUGUGCUUCUAGUUCUAAUGAAAUAGCUCAGCUCAGCAGAGGAUAUAAUAAACAAUGAGCCGUGAAUACAACCAGGAUCAACAAAUAGUCAGCUGAAGGAAGCCAGCGGGUUGAGUAGCUUCUGUUGGGAGGGUAGGAGCUAUUGACAUUUCAUACAACAUAAAACAUUAUAGCAUAGUACUGGCCCUUUGGCCCACAAUGUGGUGCUGACCUUAAAACCUACUUUAAAAUCAAUCUAACCCUUCCCUCCAACAUAACCCUCCAUUGUUCUAUCAUCCAUGUGCCUAUCAAAGAGCUUCUUAAAUGUCCCUAAUGUGCCUGCCUCUACCACCACACACCCAGCAAUCUCUGUGUAAGAAACUUACCUAUAACAUCCCCUUUAUAUUUCCUCCAGUAAUCUUUACAUUAUUCCCCCGGUACUAGCCAUUUCUGCCCUGGGGAAAGAGUCGCUGCUAUCCACUCAAUCUAUGCCUCUUACCAUCUCGUACACCUCUAUCAAGUCACCUCUCAUCCUCCUUCUCUCCAAAGAGAAAAGCCUCAGCUUGCUCAACCUUUCCUCAUAAGACAUGCUCUCUAAUCCAGUCAGCAUCCUGGUAAAUCUUCUCUGCAUACUCUCUAAAGCUUCCACAUCCUACCUGUAAUGAGGCAACCAGAACUGAACACAACAUUCAAGUAUGGUCCAACCAGGGUUUUAUGGAGCUGGAAAAUUACUUUAAGGCUUCGAGUUGAAACCCUGCAUAGUUAAUUCCCUUCCUCAACCCACAAAGUUCCUCCAGCAGAUUAUUUAUUGCUCCAGAUCUGCAGUUGAAUCAGGAGUUGUUGAACCCCACCCUCCACCGCUCCUCCAUAGCCUUUGCUGUGUUUGAUGUCCUUGGCCAUUUCCUUAUGCCACAAGGACAAAACCAAAUGGGCUGAAGUCUGGAUUUAGUAAUGCUAGACAGAGGCUGAGAUGGAAUCACUACUUUAGAAGAUGUUUGCAAAUACUUUGGGGAAAGCUGCGCAGCUGGUGGAGUCACAUCCUGGGUCAAUCCCAACCUCUGGUGCUGCCUGUAUGGAGUUUGCACGUUCUCCUCCGUGACCAUGUGGGUUUCCUCUCAGUGCUCCAGUUCCACAUGCUAAGGACAUGGGUUUGGUAGAUUAAUUAGUUUAGCAGAUUAAUUGGCCACUGUGUGUAGGCGAGUUUUAGAAUCUGGGGAGGUUGAUGAGAGUGUGGGGAGAAUAAAAUGGGUUUCGUUCUUAACUUUGGUACAGUUUGUACUUUGUGCCAUUAGUCCUGAGCGCUUUUUUUUCUCAUUUGGUUGCAAGGUGGUGACCACAGAACAAUAGUGCAGUUUAAAAGCAGUCUAUGUGGCUAGAGGGUCUCUCGUGAUCUGCCUGAGGUUAUUCUCUGUGCAUUUGCCUCUGUUGCCUUGCCAUUAGUCUUUCCACUACUUCUCCUCUACAUUCCCAUCUUCCUGUACUUAGGCCGUACACGUUCACAUUCAGAUGAGUUCGUGUGUCCUUAUCGUUAGGUCAGAUCUUUGUGUUUGAAAUGAUGAAAGAACUCUACGGGACUCCAUCAAACUUCUUCUUGGUAAGGAAACCUAGAGCAGUAAUUGAACAAUCCAGAAUUGGGCCAAUGAGGCCUGAAGUGCAGAUAUAUCUUAUCCACUAAAAGGGCAGUGAAAAUCCAAAACACGCUUCUAAGAAGAUGUGGACAUCAGCAUCACUGGCCGGUUCCAGUAGGGGGCUUGUCAGUGGCACAGCUGUUAGUGCUGCUGCCUUCUAGCCUCAGGGGCCUGGGUUCGAUCUUGACAAUGGGUGCUGUCCAUGUGGUGUUUGCAGCUGGGUUAAUUGGCCAGUGUAAAUUACCUUUGGUAUUGCAAAAUAAACCAAAGGAGAUGGUGGGUAUGUGAAAGGAAGCAAGUUUCAGGAGUAUAAUCAUCUAAGGAGAAGAGGGAAUGGGAAUAAUGGGAUUACAUUCUUGGGAGCAGGGAUACAUUCAAUGGCCUCCUGUAUCAUUAUCAAUAGAUAAUAAUCAUAAGUAAUGUAAUUAGAGUUGAGAUGUUAAUCAACUUUGAUCCAACUUGAGAGACCACAUGGUCACCUUCUGUUCUUGUAAUCAUUUCUUCGGGUUACACAUAUUAUAAUGAACCAUAAAUCAAUUGUUCAACUUUGGGCAAAGUAAAGACAGCGUGCAAAGCGGGGGCACGGUGCUGAAUAAAUGAUUCCUGGAGAAACUGGAGUAAGUUUUCUUCAACCACUGCACAACAGCACCUCGAGCACAGUCCGUGGUGUGAAGCUUAUACGGGAGAUCGGAGUCGUUUCGGUGAAGAAGAGCGGGGAAGAAGUGGCAGAAAAAGCAAUGGGUACUUUGCCUUCUUGGCUGGGGCAGGGGAAGGGGAUGGGGAGGCUUGUUACCUACCCAAAGCUCUGCUUUCUGAGUCUCAGUCACAUUUCUUUGACUAAAUACUCUCUUCAUUCUCUUAAAGCCAUUCUGAAUGCAUUUGACCUUUUGAUAUCAACAUGUUUCCAAAGGUACUAAUGUAAAAAUAAUAUUUUUAUACUUUGAUCCAUUAAUUUCAAAAGUUGUGUGACAUUUAAAAUAUUGAUUUUGGACCUUAAUGAUAGAACUCAUUGAGGGUAUCAAAGAAUCCAAGGAGCUUCACUUUUUAAAAUGUGGUAUUCGAAUGGUUUUAAUUUCAAUAACUUGCAUGAACUGUAAAAUAGUGGGGAGCAAUGGAAAUGUAUCAAAUGGUUGUUAUGAAGCCUUUGUAAUUGGUGUUAUUUGUAUGGCCUUUGCAAAAAGAGAGGUAAAGGUCUUAAUUAGCUCUGACUGGAUGAUGUCUUUGUACCUCUUAAACUAAUAAAACGUAUCUUUUUCAAUGGUCAGUGAACGGGACACGCGGAUGGUAUGUUGCAUCCCAGAUGCCAGGGUCAGGAUGUCUCCACAUUUUGGAGAGGAAGGGAGAGAAGCCAAAUGCCUUGGUACAUAUUGGUACCAAUGACAUAGGAAGAAAAAGUAAUGAGGUCCUGAAAAGAGAAUUUAGAGAAAGCUGAGAAGCAGGACCUCCCAGGUAGUAAUUUCUGGAAAGCUGUCUGUGCCACGUGCCAAUGAGGGUAGAAACAGGAUAAAUGUGUGGCUGAGAAGCUGGUAUAGAGGGCAGGGCUUGAGGUUCCUGGAUCAUUGGGAUCUCUUCUGGGGGAGGUAUGACC